UACAUAGAAUGAAAGGAACAUGCUGGCAUGGGCUUACAUGAUACUAACUCGUCUGUCCGCCGUGCAGACACAACCAGACACUCUUCCACCCUAGCCUGUCGCUUUGCGGACCACCGCUGCGCCGCCUCCCGGGAUAGGACCACGGCGGGGCCCGUCCAUGCGUCGGACGCGCAGAGGCGAAGGCACCAGAUUGUGUAGACGACGAAAGUCGUGCGCUCGAGCACUUCCUAGGGUGCCCUGUUCAUCCAAUGCAACGGGGAUGUCGACGCUCAGGAUGUCUUGUAACAGAGAACAUCGAAUACUGCACAACUCCGUAAGCGCUACAUCAACUUCAUUGCACCCUCUCCCCGUUGUCCCUGACAGUAUCCUACAUGAUGGCCUCCGGGCCUGCCGCCUCCAUGACCGCCAUCGCGUUGUACGUUGUGCAUUAGUAUUCGCGUGGAUCGAGGAUCUCGCGCAAGCCCAGGCCCCAGGGUCGCGCGAGUUUGAACAGGUACGUGCACUUGUCACGAUGUGUCGUAGCUUCCCAGCUCUGCGGGCUGAGCUUGGUCUGAGUGUCGGUUUCGGACUUGAUAUUGUUGAUGUCGAGGAAAUAGAUGGUGUCGUGGGCGUAGAUGAUGUUUCUGAAAGUCGUGUUUACCAGGUCAGUGUUGUUCGAGUUCGAGAGAGAAUGUGCAGAAAAGAGCUACUUACAUCAUCUUGCACUGUGGGUUUUCCGCCCAAUAUUUAUAAUCCACCCGAAUCUUGGCUUCAACUUCGGUCUGAUACUCAUCAGCCUGAGCAACUGAAGUAGGGGUGAUGGGCAACUAUGUAAUGCACCACACGACUGAAGCAAUUAUUGGGACAGUCACGACUGGAACCGACAUCCAUACCAAAUAAC